AUGGAAAACUGUAUGCCAGAAGUUCUAAUUCAUUUCCAUGCAUUCUUAACAUGUUUCCUACGUUACAAAUAAAAAUAUGUCAUUUGUGCGUAUUCUAAAUCAAUUCAAAAAUAUUUCUUGGUGUAACUUCCACUUUGGAUGGAUAGGGAAAAAGUGGGUCAGGAUUUCAAAACAAAUUUUACUAUCAGGCGGGUUCUUCCAUUUAUGCUAGUACUUUUACGUUUUUAACUUUAGACGCGGGAUACUCCAGCUUGCUGAUCAAUUUCACGAAGCCCGUGAAAGUAGAAUACGUCCAUGUCCGCAGCGGAACUUCCUAUGUUACCGCUCAGACUGUCCCGUCGAAGCCCACUAGAUCGGAUGAAUGUAAUUUGGUCGAUGUCGUAUUUUCAAAGUCCUCCUUGCCAAUGUUAUUAAUUACGGAAAUUUUAAUGUCGACAUACCCUCAUUUUAGACGGCUUUGUGCUCCAGGAGAAUCAACAGUUCCACAUCUGUCCAUCGACGCAUAAGGGCAACUCAGUUGAACUUACAUGGACCGUUGAAGGGAAAAAUGACUCUGUAAGUGUUGUAAGAAAAACGCAGGUCGAAGGUAGGCAAAAUAGAACGUAUUCUAACCGUAUUGCUAGUGUCCAUCUAAUGUCUCGGAUAAACUGACAGCAGAUAUUUAUUUCAUUACAGAUGCUACCUAUUGACAUUCUGUUUUGUUUACUUAAACAGUGUGAACGUGAAACAUUGUUUCUGCUUAACCCAGACUGCUUAUUCAACGAGAACAAAUUUCCAGCAGCUAAAGAGUGGUUGUUUUGAUAAUGUGCUGGCUGGAAGGCUAUAAUUACUCGCUUUUACAACGCGUGCAGUUGCUUACUUGAGUAGGUCGACAAGCAUUACUUAAAGUAUCUGGCAAACCUACGCAGUUGAUGAGGAUUUAAGUAUCAGCUAUUGCGUCCCAUUUCGGACAAUUUUGAUGAAUGCAUGAAAGUUGGUAGAUAGAUAAUGCGUACUUUGCUCACGUAAGGCCAGUUGUAUUUCUCACAUUGUGCACAAAUAGUUGCUGCUCCUAAAUAAUGAUCAAACUACCUUAGUCAACGUUUUAUAGAUCGCUAUUACCCUAACAUUUUACGCGUGUAGAGAAAGUUUCGUUUCCGUGCAUUCGAAUCCUCCCUCCUUGCAAUCUCUGAUCUGUUAAUAAUGAUGUAAAUGACCUAUCGUGUGAUGCUUUAAAGCCUGUAGUGCACUACGGAUGCACGGGAUCUGAUGGCUUCUACUGCCUGGACACUGCUGAACGGGAUCCUAAAAUGGAAGCUCAGUUGGAAAAAGAGAGAUCGAAUCCGACCGAAGUAGACUUUAGGUCAAAAGAAAGUGUGUCGGCGCUGUUCUAUUCGACAAAAUGCAGUAAGUUCCUACUCGACUUUUCAGGAGAAGGUAGAAUGAGGAACGUUUUGUAUGAUUUUUAUUCAAAAUUUCCGCUGUUAGUUUAAUUACUCGCUUCCCUCAAGCAUGUCAUGCCAGCAUUGAGACACCGGACGACAAAACUUAUUAUAUUUGAAGAGGGAGCACAACAGAAUUUAAAAGGAUAGAACAUGUUCCUUAGAAUCAAGGUGUCCACCGGGCGCUGUUGACACAGCAAACGACUGACUUCUUUUGCAGUCUUUCAGAAAAAUGCAUGUUAUCAGGAAUACUACACUGUGUGUUGGGAAACAAGAUACAAGGAAAUAAACUGCCGUACCCCUGCGAAGAUUUGAUUUGAUUUUUAUAGUAUGAACACGAAAAUACGUGUGUAGAUCUAGCUUAAGGGCUAUACAUUAUCCCAUUCUAGUUGUUGAGAAGACAUCGAAGGGCUUUCGGCACAGGUUAAACGUAAGACGUCCGAAAAAAGAAAAUGUAACCCACUACUUUUGUUACAUCAGCCCCUCCGAUGAUCCUUACUUAUCCUACACAAUCGACUGGACAGGUAUGUGCAAUUUCCUGGGUUUGAUGAAGCUAUUUUCUGUACUAAAGGCGCGGGGCAUUACUUUUAUUUCCAUACUGCUGAUGUGCAGUCCAUCCUCGCCAUUUUAACUCAAAUAUCCCAACCACUUUCAUCUUGCUUAGCAAGUAACGCCGUAAUUAAGGCCAGCUACCAUUUAUUUAAACAUUCAUGUGAUAACAUAAGAUGCAGCAAUUGAAAAUAAUUCUAUCAUAAAACUAUUUGAUGAACACAGAACGGUCUUGUGCCAAAGUUCCAGUGUUAUGAGGCAUCGUUUUGACAUUCGAAUAAAAUUAUCCUUUGCAUUUCAUGAAAACAUGUUUUUUUUCUAAAAGGUGUCGGGAGUGAGUAG